UCUGAUCAUAGUGUUGUUGUUUUCUUCAAAGUUUGUACCAAUACUGUACCAGCCUUGGUGGCUACUAGUGAGCAGGUGGACUCAGGUGACGAAAUGGCGAUGGUUGAGGCAGUUGAGAUGAUGGCAGGAAGGUUCCGAGGGUGUAUGGUUGGAGCACUGAUGGGGGACUGUCUUGGUGCACCAUUUGAGGGGGAACCUCGUGCCACACGUUCUAUUCUCCAGUCUUAUUUUAGAAGACUUAGUGAUCCAGAUCUUAAAGUACCUUAUAAGCAGUAUACAGAUGAUACUGCAAUGACAAGAUGUGUAGCCCAGUCCCUCAUUGAAAAGAAAGGUUUUGACGCCAAAGAUAUGGCAAGAAGGUUUGUAAAGGAGUACUAUGCAGAACCAAAACGAGGGUAUGGUAGUAAUGUAACUGAUGUGUUUGCUGCCCUGCGUGCCACUAAGUUCAGAGAUCCCUAUAGUCCUGCAGCAUUUCAAUUUAAUGGUCGAGGUUCAUAUGGUAAUGGAGCUGCUAUGAGAGUUGCACCCGUUGCUCUCUUUUGUUAUGCUACAAAAGCAGGUUUGGUGGAUACAUCACGAGACACGGCACUCAUCACACAUGCUAACAGACUGGGGUAUAAUGGAGCAGUCCUACAGUGCCUGGCAAUCUACGAAGCUCUCCACACCCCUACGAACAAAUUGGACUCUGUGAAGUUUAUUGAGAGUCUUAUAACAAAAAUGAAGGAAAUUGAAAAACCUUCUGAAGAUGACAUUCUAUACGAGGGAGAAGACCCAUAUGUCUAUGUCAAGAGGUUGGAGAAAGUUCUGGAACUAAUGGAGCGUGGUGACUCAGUCAGCCGUGAACAAGUAGAGGAUGAAUUAGGAGUCUAUAUCUCUGCCCAUAUGUCUGUUCCUACAGCCAUCUAUUCAUUUAUUAGAGCUACAAGCCCUGUUGCUGAUAUUGAGUCUGAAAAUGAAUACCAGAGGACACUCCAUUUUGCCAUAAGUCUGGGCGGAGAUACAGACACUAUAGCAUCCAUGGCUGGAAGUAUUGCAGGUGCCUACUAUGGGGUUACAAAGAUCCCAGGAAAUCUUCAGAAGCAUUGUGAGGCUUCAUCAGAUGCUAUAAAACAAGCAGAUGAUCUUUUCAGUCUCUCUGAUCCCAAGCCACCAGCUUCAUGAAUAUAUUAAACUAUAGCAGAUGGUGUGGGUCAUAUAAUAUAAAAUUAUCUGACUUUCUCUUUAUAUGAUCAUUAAUAUAAAUUAACAACAAAUAGCAUUAUAUUUUACUCAAGUGAUCUAUUUUUCACAACUGUUUCUUUUUAUGUAAUAAAUUCAAAUAAGUUGCCUUAUGCUAUGAGAACAUUAUAUUAGUUACAUAAAUAAUGCUAACAUUCUAUGGCAUCCAUAUUCCGAGGCUUUAAGUUCACGAGAGCUCAAUGUAGUUUUAUUCACUAGCUAUUUUUCAUCUAAGGUCUGUACAGUACAUAUUAUUAAGUGCAGUGUGUAUAUUUAUGCGACACCUUUGAUGUAAGACACAAACACUUAUUUUUUAAGGCUGUUACCAAGUUAAUGAGAAUGUAAACUUCUUGACCUACACAAUUUUGCAGCAACCAAGAAACUAUGAACAUUAAGUUUUUAGCUAUCAUUUUAAAAAAGGUAUAUAUUGUACUGUAUUCUAAUUUGUAAAUAUACUGUAGUUUAUCUAGAAUCAUA